GUGCAUGGCUGGAGCCCAGUGCUGGGUAAGCCGAGGAACUCUGCACAGAGUGAACAGCCUGGACAAGCCCUCCUCUUCUCUGAGAUCUUUACUGUUGCAUUCCUUAUACAGUAGCCGUAGCUGUGUGCUUUGCUUUGACCCAUGACUCUGUGCCUCUCCUGUGAAGAGCCAGGAAAAUACAGUCGUGUGGCUAGGUGGGAUUCUUUUUGGUCCCUUCCACGUUUUUGUGUGUGUGUGUGUGUGUGUGGCCUUUUGUGAUGUUGUCUAAGCAGAGGACGAUCCAUCACGGCUGGUAGCAAAAGGAACGGGCCAUGAGGGGUUGCACCUCCUGGUGUGAUGUGCGAUGAUUAUCCAAGGCUGCAGGGCAGGGAGAGCUGAGUUCUGCUGUGAGUGUGACAUCCCCUCUGCCAACUGGAUCACCGCUGCGGUCUCUGACGGUGAUGAGUAGAACAAGGGUUAAAGAGGGUUCGCCCAGAUUGAAAUGGUCCCGGUGAACGGAGCAACUUUGUAACGGCAUCUAGUACUUAUCUGUGUAAAACCAGCUGCAACCCCGCUGUGAGCUGCCGCCACCUUGGCAGAUGCGCUGUGCUGCCUUCAGGAUCUCGCACAGAUGUUCCUCGUCCACCCGACAGGAAGCUUCGUCGAGCCAAGAUUAGCUUACUGAAGUCACCAACAGCAGUGAUUUUUUUUCAAAGCUUUCCGGCUAUGCAGUGAAGAUCUGCAGCUAAGAAGCAGCUAUUUUUUUCCUCUCCGUGAAAGGUUAUAAAUGAUUAGCCCUUAUGACCAACAUGAGCUGGAGUUUUCUCACCCGUCUGCUAGAAGAAAUUCACAAUCACUCCACUUUUGUGGGGAAGGUCUGGCUCACCGUGCUGAUCGUCUUCCGUAUCGUCCUGACGGCUGUCGGAGGGGAGUCCAUAUACUCAGAUGAACAGAGCAAAUUCACGUGUAACACCAAGCAGCCGGGCUGCGACAACGUCUGCUACGAUGCCUUCGCACCGCUAUCACACGUCAGGUUCUGGGUCUUCCAGAUCAUCAUGAUCUCAACCCCUUCCAUCAUGUACCUGGGCUAUGCCAUCCACAGGAUCGCUAGGUCCUCCGAGGAGGAGAAGAGGCUUAAGGUACUCAAGAAGAAGAAGAAGCAGUUUGCUUUGAACUGGCAGGCUGUCCGUAACUUGGAAGACCCUUUGGAAGCAGACGAAGAGGAGCCCAUGAUCUCUGAUAACACGGUGGAAAACGAGGAGAAAGCCAAAGCAAAUAAGAAGAGCAAGGAGCAGCAGAAGCACGAUGGGAGGAAACGCAUCCAGCAAGAAGGGCUGAUGAAGAUUUACGUCUUCCAGCUCAUUGCCAGAGCUUCAUUUGAAGUUUGUUUCUUGGUUGGGCAGUAUUUUCUCUAUGGCUUUGAGGUGGAAGCAUAUUUCGUCUGCAGCAGAGCCCCUUGCCCUCACACCGUGGACUGCUUUGUGUCAAGGCCGACAGAGAAGACCAUCUUCCUCCUGGUGAUGUAUGUUGUGAGCUGCCUGUGUCUGUUGCUCAACAUGUGUGAAAUGUUCCACUUGGGGUUUGGGACCAUUAGAGAUGCCAUUCGCAACAGAAAGAUUAAUAGUUUCAGGCAGCCUCCAUACAACUAUUCCUACUCGAAGAAUAUCUCCUGCCCUCCCGAGUAUAACCUGGUUGUGAAAUCAGAGAAGCCUGCAAAGGUCCCAAAUAGCUUGUUGGCCCAUGAGCAGAACUUGGCUAACGUUGCUCAAGAACAACAGUGCACAAGCCCAGAUGAGAACAUCCCGCCAGAUCUGUCCACCCUUCAUAAACACUUGAGGGUGGCCCAGGAGCAGUUAGACAUAGCAUUCCAGAGCUACAAUGCCACUCAGGCCAACAUGCAGCCUUCCAGAACCAGUAGCCCACCUUCAGGUGGGACUGUGGUAGAACAGAACAGGGUCAAUACUGCCCAUGAGAAACAAGGCGCUAAGCCCAAAGCCAGUUCAGAAAAAGGUAGUUCUAGCAGCAAAGAUGGAAAGACUUCUGUAUGGAUAUAAUUGGGUGCUUGACCGUAGCUCACAGACAGGGCAAUGUAAGUAGAGGUUUGGUUUUUUUCCCAGCAUUGUCUAGAAUUCAAUUCACAGAGCACAGGCACAAUUUGUACAUGGGAGUAAAUGUAGCUGAAGGAUGAGUUGUUUCAAACGUUACAUUUGAAUAAUGUCUUCUGGUGCGUUAACAAAGACACUCCCUUUCUUGCCUAGUCCAUAUUGUCUCUGGGAACCUCCAUCGAGCUAAACUGUAUGGUGCCCCUCCACCCCCCGGCACUGCUUAGGGGUGGGAGUAACAGCCUUUCUUCUUAUGUCACUUACUAGCUGUUUGCCCAGGAUGACCCACUGCAGGCUCUCUGCGACAGAGACUGGACUGACAAGCGAGCUGGCUGGCAGGAAGGGGACUCUGUUGAUCAUUCAGAAGAAAAGUCUUGACUACCCCGAGCAACUCAUGUUCUGCAUCAUGAGGCUAUCGUACUGUACUUGUGUUGAGAACGGUUUAAUUACUAAAUGUCCUUCCUCAAAUUAAUUUGAAUUCCUCCGUUAAAGGGGAAAACGGUGACAUGUUGCAUAAACUGCCACGAUCGACUAGCAUGGCUUGUUUCCUGCCUGGAUUCUUACAUGCACUAACAAGCAGUCAUUGGAGAUGAACGCAACAGAGAUUGCAGCCAUGAGUUCUAACCCUGCAUUAAUGGCACAUGAAGACUGUCAGAAGCACAGUAGCCGUAUUUUAAAGAAUGUACGCGACCCUGAGUGAUUAGCGUUGAGGUAAACGUUGUAUCCUUUUUUCCCCCCCAAUCAGUGUUGAACUGCAAAGCAAACGGGAUCAAAUGCUACGUAGCGUUUGCAGUCAAUUUGCACUGUAAUGAUGCUGCAGUGUAGCAUUCGUCCCAGAGCUGGUGGGAAUUGAAGCAGUUUAGCGUUUUUUAACACUGCUACUGCACAUCUUAAGCAAAAGUGCCUUUAAGCAACCAGGAAAGUGAAAUUCGAAGUUUCUAAUGUCUGUGUUAACUCUUGGUAGAGAUCAGAAGAGCAGUGCUCACAAAUUUUGUUAUCAUGUACUUUUGUUUUAAUCAAAAGCUUAUAAAUAGUUGCAGACAAAUAGAUCAAUGCCUAGUGUGUACAGCGUGUGUGUGUGGAGACGUAUAUUUGAGUAUAUAUACACACACAUCUGAAUAUUAUGUGUGAGAUACAGAUAUAUAUAAUAUAAUAUCAACCCCAC